UUACUCUUACUCUACAUGGCAUGCGUUUCUCCUAGAGAACUCACACAAAGUCAAACUGAGUUUAGUAGAUCUUUUUUCGCUUUACUUGAGCGAGGGGAUGCCAUGCCUCCACUCUGAAGCGCCGGAGUCUAUGGAGCCUGGCAGCGCGACCCCCGUGGCAUCUCCUGUCGUCGAGACUGAGGAGUCCUUCCGCAGGGAAACAGUGGCUAAGCCGCCGAUGGUUGCGGGCAUGGGCUGGUUCUUUUCCCCGCUGUGGAGCCCCCGCUCCAAGACGCACCGCAGGAGGUUUGGAGACAGUGUGAAAAGCGACCAGGUGGAGGCCUGGCUGGAUGACCACUCCGACUUCACGAGGGCGUACUUUUUACGCCGAGCUUCCUCUGGUCCACAGGCAGAGAUGUCUCCACUGCUGCCCAAGUUUCACAGGAGCAGCUCGGACCACUCUGACCUGGUCAUGAAGGCUCAUCAACGCAGGGCUUCCUCUCCACUGACCAGCUCACACGUUUCAUCAUUAACGGACAGGCUCAGACCCCUCGCUUCCAAUCUCAGUGCCCCUGAGUGGUUGGAUCGCUCCAGUCCAGAUUUAUUGGGCAGUCACUCCCCUUGCUCUCCCCGCACUUCACGCUUUUCAUACUCCCCCUGCCGUCCUCUUUCUCCCAUAUGCCCUUGCUCCCCUGACUUACCCCGCUCCCAUCAGCCUUUGUGUCCCAAGACUGUAGCCUGUGGUCAUGGUGAGUGCUGCCCAUGGAUGAUGGAGCUCCUAAGAGGAGGUCUGAGCUGGAUUGGUUCCAUAGCAGAGCUCUGCCAUGGGGCUGUCCAGCAUGCUGGAGAGCUGCUGGCAGCUGAGGCCUGCUCCCUCUCUCUGGUUAAUAAAGACUGUGGUGGAAGGAACACCUUGGAGGAGGUAAUCGCCCCGACAGAAUUGGGGUGCUUGGGCGAAGGAAACCUCUGCAGCCAUGCACAGCUGGAGCUGCUGAAGGGUAUUAUGGAACGUGUACUGGCUACAGGGUCUCCAGUGAACCUGAGAGAAACAGAGGACCCCAAAGUCGACUUAGAUGACGAUCAAUCAUCAAAGAUCAGGACUGUGUUGAGUGUUCCCAUCAAGAACCACAGGGGAGAGGUGGUAGGUGUAGUGGUAAUGAUCAACAAGAGAAAUGGCUGCGAUGGAUCAGUUUCUGUUUUCACCAACAUGGAUGACAAGGUGCUGUCCAAUCAUAUGGAUGUGUUGGCGAUGGUCCUGGAUAAUGUCCAGCUGUAUGAGAGCUCAAGACACGAGGCCAAACGCAGUCAGGCCCUGAUAGAGAUGGCACAGGUAUUAUCAAAAGGACACAAUUCCUUUGAAGUUCUGCUGAGUAAGAUGGCUGCCACCAUCAUGCCCUUCACACAUGCUCAGUACUGCACCAUCUUCAUCCCUGAGCCAACCUCAACUCCGGAAGACAAGGUUUCAUUCUCCAGAGUGAUCCACCUGGAGUGUGAAGAGCUUGGAUCAACCUGUCAGAUCUACAGAAGGGAGCGUGACAUCAGUGCUAUAGACCCAUCACAUGCCCUUCGAACUCUGGUUGCUAUGGAAACACUUAAUAUGGCAGAGAGUUCUGAGGAAUCAAUAAGGAGUCUGAUCUGCUGCCCUGUCAGAAAUGAGAGGUCUGAAGAUGUUAUUGCGGUGUGCCAGCUGAUGAACAAAAGGAGCAGAGACUCCAAUGAUAUGGAAGCCUUUAACAGAUAUGAUGAGUGCCUACUAGAGGACCUGGCAGUGUACUGUGGCCUGGCCAUGCAGUAUGCUCAGGCUGUGCAGAUCACAGAGGAGCGGAGGGCCAGUAUAGAGGUCACACAGGAGGUCCUUGCCUACCACAUCACCGCAGCAGAGCAGGAAAUCCAAACAUUGCAGGAGGCCACUAUUCCUUCUGCCGAUUCACUGCAUGUUCUAGACUUCAAUUUUUCUGUUUUUGGUCUGCCAGAAGACCUGACCUCUCAGGCCACCAUUCGUAUGUUCAUGGACCUCAAUUUGGUGCAGGAUUUCAAUAUUGAUUACAAGAGCCUCUGCCAGUGGGUCCUGACUGUGAGACGUGGUUACAGGAACAACGUGCCUUAUCACAACUGGAACCAUGCACUUAGCACCGCUCAGAGCAUGUUUGCUAUGCUCAUGGCCACAGACCAACUCCGGACGAUCUUUUCCCGUCUGGAGAUCUUAGCAUUGAUGAUCGCCACUCUGAGUCACGAUCUUGACCACAGAGGAGUCAGUAACUCUUACAUAAAAAGGAGUCAGCAGCCUUUAGCUCAGCUGUAUGGACAUUCUUCUCUUGAAAACCACCACUACAACCUGUGCCUCUUUAUCCUAAACAACACUGGGAGUCAGAUUCUCAGUGGUCUCUCUUCAGAAGACCACAGAGCUGUACUACAGAUGAUCAAAAGGGCAAUCCUCGCCACUGACCUGACCGUCUACAUGGAGAGAAGAAAAGAGUUCUUUUCCCUCACUAAGAAAAGCAGAGUGAGCUGGAGAAGUGAGAAACAAAGAGAUUUACUGAGGUCGAUGCUGAUGACAGCUAGCGACCUCUCUGCUAUCACAAAGCCUUGGCCUGAACAAUACAGGAUUGCCAACCUGGUUGCCAUGGAGUUCUUUGCACAGGGGGACAAAGAGAAGCAAGAGUUCAAAAUCAAGCCCAUUGACAUAAUGAACAGAGAAAACAGCACUCGACUGCCAUUCAUGCAAGUUGAAUACAUUGAUGACAUCUGCUAUCCACUCUACAAGGCUGUAUCAAGACUGUUUGACACCUGCGCUCCACUGCUGAACGGUUGUAAGAAGAACAGAGAAAACUGGCUGCAUGUUGCUGAGGAAGCAGAGGAAGAGAACAGUGAAAAUAAUAGUGGUGUAACCCUGGAAACACACAACAACAACGAGGAAGACACACAGACAGAGGAAUAGAGGACAGGGCAGAAGAUGAAGACACCUAGCUUUGGUCGCAAUUCAGUUUUAUUUAUAUAAAGUCAAAUCAUAACAGAGGUUAUCUCAAGGCACUUGCCAUAUAGGGCAGGUCUAUAUUAGCACAUAUAGACCUGCUCUAUACGCACACCUUGGCUAAAUAUUGACCAAGUGCCCACACAUCAGAACUCUCACAAAAAGGUGUUAUAUAUACACGUGCGUGUAAUCCACCAUAGAUGACUGCGAAUCUUCAUAGACACCAUACUAAAUACGCUUUUUGUCUGUAUUCUUUUCUGGGUUUUAUGAAUACAUCUGUAGGUAUUGAAAUUCAUACUAAGUUGUAAAUGUGUGGGAUUUAAAAAUUUCUUUUAAGUUAUGUUUCAUGUAAGUGAGUUACCAUGUUGCCACAUAUCAAACCAGCACACAUCUUUGUGUAAAAUGUUGUUGUCCACCCUUUGAUGUAGUCAAUGUAAGAUGUAAGAUUCAUACCGAGACGCAAUCAUGUGUGUCUUUUUAUAAUAUAAUAGUUAUUAUUAUAUAUCUUAUUAUUAUUAUCUCUUAUUAUUAUUAACAUCUCCCAUGCAGUCAGCUGCCAGAGACCAAACAACUAUAAUGUAUAUUCAAUAGGCCUGCUGCCAGUGGACGAUUUCUGACCCUCUGGUAAUGCUAUUAAAUGUUCACAGUCUGUGGUCAGAAUUGCUAGAUUAGCCAUAUCUGCAAACUAUUGAUAAGAAAUUUCAUGUCAAGCAGCUUAUUCUUACUCGGUUUCACCUCAGGUCGGUAGUAGUAGGAUGGUUAGCUCCCCUUCCUAACCUGCGAUUAACUGCUGUGGGUUCAUUUAGGGACUAUCAAUAAAUGACACAAUAUAAAAAAAAA